AUGAAACACCCGUGGAGCAUGGAUAAACACGAGUCGUACCUCCCUGUCAUCCCCAGAAUGUCAGUCAGCAAAUUUGUAGUCAAGUGUGGGAACUAUGCCGUGCUAGUGGAUGUUCAGCUCCUGGCCCCAGGAGCUGUGCGGGACCCCAGCUGGUGGGCUAACAGCCACAAGGAGGAAGUCAGUGCUCUGAUCCAAGGCGCUGUGGAGCAGCGGAUCGCGCAGUUCCUGGAGGCCAGGCGUCAGAAGGGGCCGGCGAAGGCGCAGCGGGAGCUAACCCCUGCAAAUCCGCUUAGUAUCGAAGGGGAGCGAUUGCGCCUGGCGGUGUACUCCACAAAGCGGCAUAUCAACCUGAGGUGCAUCGUCAGCCAGCGGUAUGGAGAUUUGCACGUGUUUCCUGAGCGCUUUGUCGUCUGUGCCAGUCUCCUCGAAGACCGAGAACCGGAGCCUGGCGCAGACGGGAACCUGUCUGGGAUGGCGGCCCAUGGGCAGAGCAGGUCAGAGUAUUUUCUCGGGGCCCGUGAAACCGAAAACCCAUCCGACAGCGCUGCGAUAACAAAGAGGAUCGCUUUGCAAAAGAUCGUCAAGCAGGCGUAUGCCCGAAUCCAAGGACACCGGGACCCUGGAGGAGAGCCGCUGCCGAUGCUGCCGCCCCCUCCUGCUGCUAUGACGACGGGGUCGGAAGGCUGUGUCCCGCUGGUGCUCUCUGGAAACGGCCGGCUCGGGGUUCAGGCGCCGGGCUGGGAGGACAAUGGAGUUCGUGGCACUCCUCGGCUUCCUUCCAUGGAGCCCGGAGAGGCGGGCAGCCUGAGAAGAGUCCGCCUCCCCACACCGGCCCUCGGCCUCGCUGGCGUCCCCUCGAGGUGUGACUCAGCUCCACCACAGGCGGGGCAUGGCCCAGAGGAAGGGGAGAGGGGCGGGCACAGUUCUCGGGAAGAUGGAGACGGUGCCAAGAGAAAGUGCCCUCGGAUGGGCUUCAGACUCCCUAGUGAGGCAAAGAACGAAACACGUUUCCCGAGUCCCUCGCUCCGGUCUCUAUGGUGACACGUCCGCGGGAACCCGAGCUGUACCAAGCGGCCGGAUCAGCUGACAGCGUGGCAGAACCAGUCCUGCUGACCUCGGGGAAAUCGGACUCAGGAGUGCUCCUCAUGGAAGAUGAAGCGGGGCUGACAGGCCAGGACUGCCCCGCUGUGGAUGCUAAAGGCCCUUCUGGGAGGGCCGGGCCCCCCCCUCGUCCGCCUGACAACUCCGGGCCUGCAGAGAUAGAACGAGAGGAGACUGUGCCCAGAAAGUCACGACUGAGGCGGCUGAAGAGGGCCUGAGGGUGGGAGGGCGUCUGAGUGGAAAGAGAGACACCCAAUGCCAUAAUGGUGCGUGUGAUUUAAUGAACACGUCGUGCUGGCACGUGUCCGGCGAGUGCAUAUACACGACGAUUCCUGAUGUCUGAAUCAUUUUUGCUGUGUGGUUUUCCUGAAAAGGGCCUUAUUCAGCCAAGUUCGGUCGGGUUUUUAAAAACACGCCGACGUCUGGGAGCAUACGAAGCGAAAUGGGGUGGGGGGGAGGGGAGUUCAUGAGGAUUUGUUUAUGCGUAUAACAUUGCCCAUAUUUCAGACGGGCUGGAGCCGAGGCCCCCGUCGGCUUUGACGGAGGCUCCCGCACGUCUGGGCUUUGUCAGAAACGUCUCAGCUUAGACUCUUCGCCUUUGGGACGCCCCCCUGCGGCUCGGAGCUCCUCUCCAAGGCUUCUCUCAUCACGACCAGAAUCACAAUAUUCGUUUCCCAAUGGUCGUCAUGGCAAUUUAGGCAAACGAAAGGGACUGGGCGUUUGUAAAUAUGUGCAGCUUUAAUAAAAAUCCUUUAAUGUAAAAAUGGGCACAGAACUUGUUUAAGAUCCGGGGAAUGUGUUAUUUAUGGGGGAUGGAGGGUCCGCUAUUCCCCGGUGCCAAGAACUGGGCCUUGCCUGUGCCAUGGGGACCACCCAGAACCAGCAGGGAGGGCCACCCCCCCCACCAUGAUCCAACGGGCCUGAUGGUUAGCGAAUGCAGAGUCCUGCGUGUUCCAGACCCAGUUUGAUGCUUCUUUUAUAUGAAAAAAAAUCCUUCAUGGUUUUAAUAAAGCUGUUUUUCUGUCUUC